GUCACCUGGGUCAGGUCCGAAGCACCGCUACACAGAUCCCCGAGGUAGACGUAGGUAGUACGACAGGUGCGGCAGCGCAUUCUAUAGUAAUUUUUUUCGCCAUCGAACAAAGUGCCUCAUUUCCUCAACUCCGCGUGUGUUAUGUGACAUCAGUGUGUGCAAAUUCCGAAAACCUCCGUCGCGUAAACAAUGUGGCCCAGUGAGCGCAAAACCAAAUUCAAAAAGUGAUACACCCACGAUAUAUGGAUGUAAAACCCAUCGCCUUUAAGCCAGAAGAGCCACGACACCUGAAUGGCGGACGUACGCAUAGCACUCGCUUCUUUCCUGCUGCUUCUAAACAUCCAGCGGAUAUUUGCAGGGCUAUGUGAAGUGGAGUCAGGUCAAUCGAACAUCAUUCUAGACAUCGAAGAAAGCCGAGCCAGAUCCAUCAGCCAAGAAACCGUCCCACCAGAGUUACCCAUAAUCGGCGAACCCAACGUCGAUAUUUUCCUAGACCUGUCUUUCCCCAAAGGUCCGUCUUUGUUUUUCCUCAAUGGAAAAAAACUCCAGCUAUUGUCGCCGCUAGAUCGGGACGAAAACAGUCUAUCGCACAUAGUGUUUCAGUUAAUAUGCACAAUCAAGUCGACGCACAAGAAACGAACGAUACCAGUAAUUGUAAGACUGACUGACAUUAACGACAACGCCCCUGAAUUUGUUAACACGCCAUACGAAACGAGCAUUUCAGAGCUCACACCUGUCGGAACUACCAUCUUCCAGGACAUCCUAGCCAAAGACAAGGACGCCGGUGUGAAUGGUCUAGUCGAAUACUCCAUCAUCCCAGGUGACAAUGUGGACCACGAUGACGACAGAAUCCACAGCGAAGACGGCUACGGUUUCUUUGCCAUCAAUCUGCCGCAUCAGGGUCAGGUUACGGUCAAUAGGACGUUGGAUUUCGAGAAGACGCAACGUUAUUACGUCACCGUAGUGGCCACUGACCGUGCCCACGACGAAACCCAGAGGUUAUCAUCAACCACAACCUUGGUAGUAAACAUCAAAGACGACGACGACCAGAACCCUUCUUUCAUCUACAAAGGCUGCAUGCUCCUCGAUGGAACCUGCAUCAACCCCGAAUACUCAGCCUCGGUAUCGAGCGGUGUGCUGCACGGAAUUUUAAACAUAUCGCCAGAAAAAAUCCAAGCCGUCGACAUGGACACAAUAAAUUCCCCAAUCCACUACUCGUUCGUUAGCGGAACCCCGAAUUCCUAUGCGGACUACUUCAAAGUCGACCCUGAAACGGGGGCAGUGCGUCAAAUUAAAGCCGUCGAUACGUCCACCACCAAAAUGUUCAACAUUAUCAUCAAGGCCCAAGAAAUCUCAGAAGCCAAACGCUCCACCACCGCUAAACUCUUCAUAACCGUGAAACCCGUCGACGCCAACCCCCCCGAAAUCCAACUAUCAUCCCUUGAAGGUUACGUCAACGAAAACUCCCCCAUCGGCGAAAAGGUCCUCGACUCCAACAACAACCCUUUAACCGUCACCGUCAUCGACAAAGACUUCGGCCCUUCUGACCCUAAACCCACCUACACCUUCGAGCUAACCACGCCCUUCUUCACUAUCGACAAAAACGGUCAUCUUCUAGUCAACGAAAACAACCUAGACCGAGACCCUCCCAACCCUGGCAGAUUCAAGUUCCAGAUAGUUGCAAGAGAAAAAAGCAGCGUGGCCGCCAGCGCUCCCACUUCUGUGACAGUGCAUUUAAACGAUGUGAAUGAUAACGCCCCCAUGUUGCCCAUAAUCCCGCCUGUGUCGGUACCAGCGGGCGAUGUUAGCCGGAAAGUCACGAGGAUCAAAGCCACCGAUAACGAUGAAGGUGAUAACGCGGUGGUAACUUAUUCCAUUUAUCACGUGUCGAAUAAUGGGAAUAAUAAGUUUACCAUUGAUCCGACCACCGGGGAGUUGAAUACCGUGGGGAAACUGAACGCGGGAGACCAAUAUAGCUUGACGGUACAAGCUACCGAUAAAGGGGGACUGUACAGUCAAGCUAUCGUGGAAGUGACGAUUAGUCCAGGACCCAACACCCAGAGCCCCAUUUUCGAGCAGUCCAUUUACGAUAUAGAAGUCAGCGAAGGGGCGACCAUCAAUUCCACGGUUGCUACGAUCACGGCGAUGGAUCCAGAGAAUGAUCCGGUGUCGUACUCCAUCGUCUCCGGUAACGAUCUAAGACAAUUUGCUAUAGGUUCCAGGUCAGGGAUUAUCACCGUUAUUAGAAAGUUGGAUAGGGAGGAUCUCACUCGCUACAAACUGAUAAUAAAAGCUGAAGAUGCCGGCAAGUUGUCGUCAACGGCAACCGUAAAUAUAAAAGUAACCGACAUCAACGACAAAAAUCCGGAAUUCGUAGGAGAUCCGUAUAAUUUCAUGGUGAAGGAAGGCCUGAACAAAACUUCCGUGGGUUUUGUUAAGGCGACUGACGCCGACGAAGGCAUUAAUGCGCUCAUUACGUAUUCCAUACCCACUGGUUUACCAUUCGUCAUAGACAACGAAACGGGGGAAAUUAGUACCAGUCGGGCUUUGGAUUACGAAACCCAGAAGAACUACCAGUUUGUGGUUACGGCGAAAGACGGAGCUCCAGAUCCAAGAAUAGCCACAGCGACGGUUUCUGUAGCCGUGAUUGACGUGGAAGACGAACUUCCUGUGUUUAGUAGGGCGACGUACGAAAUAAGUGUCCCGGAGAAUGUCCCCGAUUAUUUCGUCACAGACGUUAAGGCUGAAGACCCCGACACUAUCAAAAAAAUCACCUACGUGAUCCACCAAGGUCCCACCGACUUGUUCCGGAUCGACGAAAACAGCGGUGCCGUCUACACCAUCCGCGGACUCGACUUCGAAAAAGAUAGCCAACACGUACUCACAAUCGGUACUCUAGAAAACAUGUCGAAUAAAGACGGCAGUACCACGAAGGUCAUCAUCAACGUGGAAGACCGCAACGACAUUCCUCCCGUCUUUACUAUCAUCCCUCACCCGAUAACGUUAGACGACGACGUAUCAAUUGGUACCCCGGUCACUAAUUUGGUUGCGACGGACUCCGAUGGUACCGCUCCUGGUAACAAAGUCCGCUACGAAAUCAUCGGACGCGGCAAAUCCACCAAGUACUUCCAAAUCGAUCCGGACUCAGGGGUUUUACGAGUAACGAACGACUUGAAGAAGGAAAUCGACACGGAAUACCAGGUGGACGUGCGCGCCUACGAUCUCGGGGAACCCCAAUUAUCAUCAGUCAUCACUCUCGACAUUUAUAUACAGCAUGUAGCAACCGUGGCUCCGGAAGUCGGGCUACGCUUCGCUGAUACGUCAUACAACAUACAAGUACCCGAAAACGCCACCUCGGGUUACAAAAUCAAAACCUUAACCAUCGUCAAUAGUAAAACGCACGGAGGAAACAUCCCUCUCAAGUGUCUAAUAAUAUCAGGAAACAACGAAGGAAAAUUCGUCGUCAACGUGACUGAAGACCGCAACUGCGCCCUCUAUCUUAACGGUACUGUCGACUUUGAAACCGACGAGUCGUAUCAAAUCGAAGUCCAAAUAAUGUCGCUACAGGGUUUCAUCAACAAGGAAUUUAGUAUCACUCAAGUGACUAUCAAUAUCGUCGACAUCAACGACAACAUCCCUUACUUUAUUUUCCCCGUCGCCAGUACCAAGAAGUACUACGCCGCUAUUACCGCAAACUCGCCUCUAUCAACCACCGUGAUUCAAAUCAAAGCGGAUGAUAAAGACAGUGGUAAAUACGGCAAGCUCAACUACUCUUUAGUGGGUGACAAAAACGAGUGUUUUGCCAUUGAUCACGCGUCCGGUAUUAUCAAAACGAAGAAGACAUUCGAGGACAUUGACGACACACAGUUACCUUUCAAACUGACUGUCAAAACCAGAGAUAACCCUAACGCAACGAAAGACUACAACGAAAUUGAAGCUCCUGUGGUUAUCAAUUUGAUAACUAAAGACAAUCGAAUCGUUUUGGUGAUAGGAGAUGCUAAACCCGACGUGGUUCAAAAGAAAAUCAAUUUGAUAACUGAUAUCAUUCAAGAGCAGUCUGGAUUGAUAGUGGGUGUGGAAAAAUUAGCAACUAGGGAGUUUAUCGGUGGGAAUGGUACCUUGGAGACUGACCCAGCUGGCACUGAUGUUUGGUUUUACGUAAUAGAUCCAGAAACGGACGCUAUUUUAUCCAGAAAUAGUACCACCGUGAAGAGAUCCAUUUUUGAUAAAGCAGCAAUGGAUAAUAUCACUUUUGACAUCACAGGACAAAUUCAAAACACCGCUUUCAAUAUCCACGAACCUAUAGUUCUACACAAAGUCAAAACGGCUUCCAUUUCGUCGUUCAACGGCGAAGUUUUCCCCUACGCUUUGAUAAUUAUAGCUUGCAUCAUCUUCGUUUUAGGCAUAGUCGGAAUUAUCUACAUUUGUGUGUCUUGGUCCAAGUACAAGUCGUACAAAGACCAGAUGCAAAGACAGUACGUAGUACCGGCCAGUCCCGCGCGGUACGACACCGUCUACGUUGAGCCGAAUUUGAAAGAAUACGAAACGCAAGUUUUACAAAUGUGUGUUCCUGUGGACGAACAGGACGACUACAAUGAUCUCCAUUUAGACUUCAGCAAUAAGAAUCACGCUUUUAGCUUAGACAAUGUUAGUUAUAUAAGUAAAGACAACAACUUGAAGAAAUACGGACAACAAAGUCCAGUUAGUAGUGAAUCAGCCACUACGGUGAGAGCCUCCAGUGUUGGAGAUGGCCAUAUUUUGAAAAGUGGCGAGCAUUCGUUGAGACGUGAUCACAUGUAUCACAAUAGGUCUUCAGAUGACGAAGAAAUGAAUGCAAGCCCGACCAACGAGAACGUUAUGUUCAAAGAAAAGAAAGACUAUUCGCAUUUAGGUUUCUCGUAUGAUCACUCGCCUGUUGAGACAACGACGGAAUUGUAGAUAACUCUUGUAAAGUCAUUCUAAUUGUAAUUUAACCGUAGUCUAAGUACGUAAUUACAAGGUUAUAGGUUGUAAUAAUUUUAUGCUGAUUGUGUAAUUUUAUAUUUUAAUAAAUGUUUUUAUUGACCUUCGUUAAAAAAA